CUUGUGCCUUUUCUAUAAUCCGCCAAACACAGCCCCAUGCCUCUCUGCUCUCCAAUCCUUUUGUUAUUUAAUAUUUCCUUUGAUUUCUUUUUCUCACAAGUCUUGCCUUCAAAUUCAUCCACUCUUGAUAAUUUUCAUUUUGUUCUGUAACUUUUUGCUGGUAAAGGUCGGUCUCUUCUUUGCCUUGUGUUGGCACUUGGGAACUAUAUUACGGGCGAUGCAGAGUGGUUCAACCGUGUCAAAGGAAGAUAAUUUGGUCAUGUCUUCGGAGGAUUCUUCUUGCCCAGAUGAGGCUGACCUUGAAUUGGGUCUUGGCUUAAGCCUUUCUCGUCCUCCUGGGAUGAAGUCCCAGCCACCUUCCACGAAUCAAUUUGCCAGAAUAUUAACGGCUAAAGAUUUUCCUUCUAUGGUUUCUUCUCGUUCUGCAACUUCAUUAGCCUCAUCAACCUCCUCCUCAUCUUCUUCCUCUUCCUCUCCUUCCUCUGUGACCAGGCCUAACGCCACUGCUGGCACCAAGAGAACUGCCGAUUCUGUUGUUGCUGCUAAUGGCCCCAGUCAGGUUGUUGGAUGGCCUCCUGUGGGAGCAUAUCGAAUGAAUAGCUUUAACAAUCAUGCAAAGUCAACUGUCACUAACGUGUUCAACUCAGUGACAGAGAAAAGUAAGAGCAAUAAUACAGAGGCAAGGAGGAGUACUGAUAAUGGCAUCGAUAAUAGCAAUGCUAAUGCCAAAGGUAAUGGGCACCUGAAGAGUUCCUCGUUUGUGAAGGUAAAUGUGGACGGGUUACCAAUUGGAAGGAAGGUUGAUUUGAGUGCUCAUAAUUCCUAUGAAAGCUUAGCACUUGCUUUGGAGGAGAUGUUCGAUGAACAUGCUGCAACUGUUUCUAGUAAAAGAUCAAAUGGAGAAGAACAUGGCGUUAUAGUCGGAGGAGCGGAAAGACGGUCAAAAUGGCUGGAUGGAUCUUCCAAGUUUGUACUUACUUAUGAAGACAAGGAUGGAGACUGGAUGCUUGUUGGGGAUGUACCUUGGGGGAUGUUUCUAAGCUCAGUGAGGAGGCUGAGGAUCAUGAGAACGUCUGAGGCUAAUGGACUGGCACCAAAGUCUGAAGAAAAGAACAGCAGGCAGAGAAGUUUGCGCGCAUAGAUCUUGCGGGUGGCUCCGAUAGAUAGAGAAGAAAAGGAAUAAUAAGAAAAGAAAUACAGGAUUUUGAGAUUUAAAAUGAUCGCACCGCGUUUUGUUUUGUUUCGUUUCGUUUCUGGCUUAAUUGUUGGUUGUUUGAUUGUCUAGUCUAUUUGUGACUUGACCCUCCAUGAAAUUCAGCUGGAGGACUUGGGCGCCAUAGAUGGUUAUGUAAGUCCACGUGAUUUCUUAACUGGAAAGAACGGAUUGUUUGGCAUUUGAUUAUAGUCAUUGUCGUGCUUGAACAGUGAUUUUUAAUGUC